ACACUGUCCGGAAGCGGAAAUACGCGGCGGGUGUUUUUGUCUUGGCGGGAGUUUACCGGCAGCAACGGGAGCGAGAGAGAGAGAGACACCGGGAGAGGGAGAGGGAUCGGGCUCUCGGUGCCGUUUCAUCGCUUCCCAUGAAAAGAAAUCUCUGGUCCCCCUGUAUCUGCUGAUUCCCCUGGACAGGAAAGUAACACCAGAUAACAAGCUGAUACAAUGUGAGAGGGAAAACUAGAAGGUGCAUCAUCCCUGAAACUGCAAAUGCUGAUUUCAGGGCAAUGCUGGACUUUGUACAUCCUUCAGUCAAGAAUUCAUGAGUCGCAGGAGAAGAUGUAAAAAUGAGGAAAAUAUGUCAUUUGUUGCAAAAUUAAUUAUGUUAUUGUGGUGAAAGAUGCAAGCUUUUUUAAAAGGAGCUGGAGUUAUUGGUGUUAAACCAGCAAAAGAAAAGGCCGCAGCAGGAACCAGUGGAGAGAACAAAAAACAAAAAUCAGUUCCAUGGGUGGAGAAAUAUCGCCCAAAAUGUGUGUCUGAAGUGGCAUUUCAGGAGGAAGUUGUGGCUGUGCUAAAGAAGUCACUUGAAGGUGCUGAUCUUCCCAACCUGCUUUUUUAUGGACCUCCUGGCACAGGAAAAACUUCCACAAUUUUGGCUGCAGCAAGAGAACUCUUUGGGCCUGAAUUAUACCGCAAGAGAAUCCUUGAGCUGAAUGCCUCUGAUGAACGUGGUAUUCAGGUUAUACGAGAAAAGGUGAAAAAUUUUUCACAAUUGACUGUAGCUGGAUCUCGCUCAGAUGGAAAAACUGCUCCACCGUUUAAGAUUGUCAUCUUAGAUGAAGCAGACUCUAUGACAAGUGCUGCACAGGCUGCUCUUCGUCGAACAAUGGAAAGAGAGUCAAAAACCACACGUUUCUGUCUCAUCUGCAACUACAUCAGCAGGAUAAUUGAACCACUGACAUCUCGAUGUUCUAAGUUCCGUUUUAAACCUUUGACAGACAGUAUACAAAAGAAAAGAUUGCUGGAUAUCUGUGAGAAGGAGAAUGUGCAAUACAGCAAUGAAACAAUUGCUAUUCUUAUCAAUGUAUCCGAAGGAGACCUGAGAAAGGCGAUAACGUACCUGCAGUGUGCAACAAGACUUACAGGAGGGAAAGACAUCACAGAACAAGUCAUCAGUGAAAUUGCUGGGGUUGUGCCAUCAGAAAUCAUUGACAGCCUUUUAGCUGCAUGCCACAGCAGCUCAUUUGAAAAACUGGAAACUGUAGUAAAAUGCUUCUGUUUAUCCACCACUGUUUUCUUCCAUCAGAAUAUGAUUAAUGAAGGUUAUGCUGCAACACAGUUAAUCAACCAGCUACAUGAUGUCAUUAUCGAUAAAGAAGAUCUUAACGAUCAACAGAAGUCAGCGAUCACGUUAAAACUGGCAGAAGUUGACAAGUGCUUAACCGAUGGUGCUGAUGAGUACCUGCAGAUGAUCGGUCUUUCUGCUGUUAUUAUGCAGCAGCUUACACAGAGCGUUUAAACUACAGAUGGGCAGCAGUUGAACAAAAUAACUCCUUUCACAUUUACUUAAUUCCACAAUUUACAAUCUGAAGACCUCCCCCCACACCCCCCCCAGCCAAGUGUUGAGUUUUCUACAGUGCUUUUAGAUUAAUUCUUCAUACAAAAAUAAAGUGUUUCUAAUCAAA